GUUUUACAUAGAAGAUUGAAAGACCUCAGAAUCAAGAUGCUUGACCUCUCACCACCAUCCACAACUUCCAGUCAGUUUGACAUCACCAGCACUGCAAGCCGUCGGAAAACCCGUAACAGCUGCGACGCCUGUGCCAAGUCCAAAGUCCGCUGUGGGAAGCAACAUCCUAGAUGUGAUCGUUGCGUGUUGAGGAAUCAGGCUUGCACUUACGGACUCGCUCGACCGAAAGGACGACCACGGCUUUCUCAUCGCUCACCGAGUAUCUCUCCCCCCUGCUCGACAGGUCUAGACCUGAACAUACUCUCUACGCUCUACGAUCCUGAACCGACACCAGACAUCUACCUAAACUGCUUUUCGGAAGAUACAUUCACAUCUACGGCAAAUCUCAUUUCUCCUGACAGUCAACAUCUGGAGGACUGGCAGUUCUUGGACCACGAGCUUGUCCUUCCAUUUGACAAAACCACCCCUCAACCAACUUUCACACAACAGCCUGUGCAACCAAGUUAUCAGAUGGACUUGGCACUCAGUUUGGCCUCACCUCUGCCACACUCCUCGCCCGCAUCUCUUCCAGGUCCAAGUAACUCUUCGGAGCACGCCCAAUCGUGCACUAGCUUGAUCUUGGACACACUCAGAACACUUUCACUCCCGCUUGGUUCUUGUCGCCGAAAUGCGACUGUGCCUCCAUGUCCCAGUCUUGACACACUUCUACGGCUCAAUAAGGAGGCAAUGGACAUCAUUAAAGUGGUGGUGGAGUGUGAUUGCUCCGUGGAGCCGUAUCUUUCCACGUUAGUGGCCGAAGUACUAACCAAGAUUCUCAGGUGGUAUCAUAAAAUCAUUCUAGAUUUCGAAUACCUUGAUUGUUCAAUCCCUACGGUAUUGCUAUGUCCUCCAAUGAGAAUCGGGGAGUUCGAACUGAGCAAGCGUGAUUCUAGAUGGGUGGUAGCCCAAGUGGUCACGAAUGAAUUGGACAAAGUACAAGCGCUGGUCGAAACCUUCGAACGGCGUUUCUGUUACUUUGAUGAACCCGAUGAAUAUCAUGAAGUGACGGUCUGUACUGCCUUCGAGGCAGGACUUCGGGAAAGCCUGAAGAAUAUCAGAAGCCAGGCGGUGGAGAGAAUGGCUGGCUAG